AUGGACAAUGCGUUUCUUUUAUUAAUUGGUUCUAUUUUAUAUAUUAUUUUAAUUUAUGCUCUUGCUAUAACUUCUUUUGAUAUUAUUGACAUUGAAGUGUUUUCUCACAUUAAUUGGUUAGAAUUUCUUAACUUACAAUUCUUAAAUUUAUUUUCUGAUGUUGUUAAUUUAGCUUUGGCAAUUUACUUAAUUUCGUAUCAUCAUUUACUUAAACCUGGUGGUAUUCCUCGUCAUGAUUUUGAAGAUUUUUUAAUGGGUGUUGAAGAUAAAAAUUUUAAUGUAAUAGAAUCAAUUGAAGGCAUUCGAAUGCAACAUGAUGAAGAUGAAGCUUUAAAAGAUAUUGAAACUAUCACAAUUAGUGAAAAUGAAACGGAUGAUGAGGUUUCUCUUAUCGUACCAACCAAUGUCGAUUUCUUUAAAUUAAUUAUUGCUUUUUUCUUUUUUCUUAAUGUUGAAAAUGGAAAAUUGGUAUAUAAACUUGACAAAGUUAAUUAUUUGGGUGUUCAACAUUUAAAUAUAAAAGAAAGUAUGGAUAUUUAUGUUGAGCAUGGCUUUUUAAAAAUAGAAACUGGUCAAAUAAAAUAUGUUGGGAAGAACAAUCUUAAAAGGUGCAUCAAUUUAACUGAUAAUUGGCCAUUAAAGAUAGAAUACGAUAAAGUUUUUAUAGAAUCUCCUAAUGAACAAUCUUUUAUUGACUUAACUGGUCAUAAAUUUUUUGAAAUUAAUCGUGGUAAAAUAAUGCAUAUGGAAAAUAAUAGAAUCAAAGAGGUCAUAGAUAUAGUUGAUCAUGGUUUGUUGAAAAUUGUAAAAUUUGAUACUGGUUUUAAAGUUGUUUAUAUGAAAACUCCUAAUGCCACUAGAUUUAUUGAUUUAACUGAACAUGGUUUAUUGAAUUAUAUAGUUUAUGGUCAUAGAAAGCGUGAUAUUUUUGAUCUCAGUCUAGUAUAA